CGCCCUCCUCGUCCAAUGAGCUGGUGGAUGGCUAUCAGGCUGAGUGUUAUUAUGGUCUGGCAAGAACAUUCCAGGGAGUCCUGCACACUGACGAUCGCUGGCUUUGUGGACGCUUGUCUUCAUUGCGCUGGCCGCUGCCGUCCACUAAUCUGGUGCCACUUUUCAGCUUCUCAUGAGCCUCCGAGGACGCUCCUGCCAGUGAGCAAGGACUAGCAUGGCGAGCGACCACAUGGAGCAGCAGCAACUCCACAACUUUGUGGUGCGGGAGAAGGUGGAGGAGGAGGGCGAAGAGGAGGUGUUGCCUGCCACCGAGAAGGACCUGGCUGAGGACGCUCCCUGGAAGAAGAUCCAGCAGAACACGUUCACCAGGUGGUGCAACGAGCACCUCAAGUGUGUCAACAAGCGCAUCAUGGACCUGCAGAAGGAUCUGGAUGAUGGCCUCAAGCUGAUUGGACUUCUGGAGGUUCUGAGCCAGAAGAACAUGUACCGCAAGUACCACGCCAGACCCAACUUCCGCCAGAUGAAGCUGGAGAACGUGUCGGUGGCCUUGGAGUUCCUGGAGCGCGAACACAUCCGCCUUGUGUCCAUAGACUCCAAAGCAAUUGUGGACGGGAACCUGAAGCUGAUCCUGGGUCUGGUCUGGACCCUGAUCCUUCACUACUCCAUUUCCAUGCCCAUGUGGGAGGACGAGGAUGACGAGGACGCCAAGAAGCUGACCCCCAAGCAGCGUCUUCUGGGCUGGAUCCAGAACAAGGUGCCUCAGCUGCCUAUCACCAACUUCCACCAGGAUUGGAGGGACGGCAAAGCCCUGGGAGCUCUGGUGGACAACUGUGCCCCCGGUCUCUGUCCAGACUGGGAGAUUUGGGAUCCGAGUCAGCCAGUGGAGAACGCCAGAGAGGCCAUGCAGCAGGCGGACGACUGGCUGGGCGUACCUCAGGUCAUUGCUCCGGAGGAGAUCGUCGACCCCAAUGUGGACGAGCACUCAGUCAUGACCUAUUUGUCUCAGUUUCCCAAAGCCAAACUGAAACCCGGCGCCCCCUUGAGAGCAAAGACACUACAUCCAAAGAGAGCCAAAGCCUUUGGACUGGGUAUCGAUCCUCGAGGGAACGUGGUUCUGAAGCCAGCAGAGUUUCUUGUGGAGACAGUAGAGGCCGGACUGGGCGAAGUUCUGGUUUAUGUGGAGGACAUGGAGGGUCACACGGAGGAGGCUCGAGUGAUCCCCAACAAUGACAAGAACAGAACCUAUUCCGUGGUCUACCUGCCCAAAGUGGAGGGACUUCAUAAAGUGAAGGUCCUGUUUGCGGGCCAGGAUAUUGACAGGAGUCCUUUCAUGGUCAACGUCUCCAAAGCCAUGGGCGAUGCCACCCGGGUUCAGGCCCGUGGGCUGGGACUGCAGCACUUGGGAAACAUGGCCACCAAGCCCACAUACUUCGACAUUUACACAGCUGGUGCUGGCGCCGGCGAUGUGGGCGUGGUCAUUGCAGAUUCAAACGACCACAGGGACACAGUGGAGGUAGUCCUGGAGAACAAAGGUGACAGCAUCUUCCGAUGCACCUACGUUCCCGUCCUGGAGGGGCGACACACAGUCUAUGUGACCUUUGCCGGUCAGCAGAUUCCCAGAAGCCCCUUCCCAGUCCACAUUGCUGAAGCCUGCAACCCACACGCCUGCAGGGCUUACGGCCGAGGUCUGCAACCCAAAGGUCUGCGAGUGAAGGAAGUGGCAGAUUUUAAAGUUUACACAAAAGGAGGCGGCAGUGGCGAGCUCCGAGUGAUGGUGAAGGGCCCAAAUGGCCCGGAAGAGCCAGUGAAGGUGGUCGAGAUGGACGGCGGCCCCUACGGGUGUAGCUAUUACCCCAUCGUGACAGGAAGUUACAUCAUCACCAUCACCUGGGGCGGUCACAGCAUUCCACGCAGCCCGUUUGAGGUCCACGUGAGCGAGGAGGCGGGGCCUCAGAAAGUGCGGGCCUGGGGUCCUGGUCUGGAGACGGGAAUGGUGGGAAACAGCGCCGACUUUGUGGUUGAGGCGAUUGGGACGGAGGUGGGAACGUUGGGGUUCUCCAUCGAGGGUCCGUCUCAGGCCAGGAUCGAAUGCGAUGAUAAAGGAGACGGAUCAUGUGAUGUGAGGUACUGGCCCACCGAGCCCGGCGACUACGCCAUUCACGUCAUAUGUGACGACGAGGACAUCAAGGACAGCCCCUUCGUGGCGCACAUUCUGCCUGCCGCCACUGACCUCCACCCAGAGAAGGUGAGGUGUUACGGGCCGGGCCUCGACCCCGUUGGCUGCAUCGUCAACAAGCCGGCUGAUUUCACCAUCAACACCCAAGGAGCCGGCAGAGGCGAGCUGAGGCUCUAUGCUCAAGAUGCUGAAGGGUGCCCCAUCGACGUGGACAUGAGGGACAACGGGGAUGACACCUUCUUGUGCAUAUACGUCCCCACAAAGUCCAUCAAGCACACCAUCAUCAUCACGUGGGCAGAGCUCAACAUCCCCAACAGCCCCUUCAGGGUGACCAUCGGCGAGGGCAGCCACCCGGAGAACGUGAAGGUCUACGGUCCCGGAGUAGAAAGAAGCGGACUGAAGGCCAAUGAGCCGACCUACUUCACGGUGGAUUGCAGCGAGGCGGGACAGGGCGACGUCAGCAUCGGCAUCAAGUGUGCGCCUGGCGUGGUAGGACCCGCCGAGGCCGACAUCGACUUCGGCAUCAUUAAGAACGACAACGACACGUUCACGGUGAAGUACACACCCCCGGGGUCUGGUCAGUACACCAUCAUGGUGGUGUUUGCGAACCAGGUGAGACCAUCUGACUUACUAAGAGACAAAAUAAAAGAUGUGAAAGGCCUGAUGUUAUUGUUGAAACAGGAAAUUCCACUGAGCCCCUUCAGAAUAAAAGUGGAUCCUUCUCAUGACGCUGCUAAAGUGAGGGCAGAAGGACCUGGACUGAACAAGUUGGGCGUCGAAGCAGGAAAGCCGACCCACUUCACCGUUUACACCAAAGGAGCCGGCAAAGCCCAACCUCAAGUCAACUUCAUCAGUGCCGCCAAAGGCGAUGCCGUACGCGACUUUGAGAUCAUCGACAACCACAACUACUCCUACACGGUCCGCUACACCUCAGCCCAACAGGGAAGUUUGUCCAUCACUGUGCUCCACGGGGGCGACCCCAUCCCGAAAAGUCCAUUUCACAUCACGGUAGCUCCGCCUCUCGACCUCAGCAAGAUCCAAGUUCACGGCCUUGACAACAAGAUGGAUGUCGGAAAGGACCAGGAGUUCCGCAUCAGCACUUUGGGAGCCGGGGGUCAAGGCCAACUGGAUGUGAAGAUCAUUUCUUCAUCUCAUCGACCAAUCCCGUGCAAGAUAGAGUCGGGCGCAGCCAAUGAGAUGCAUUCCGUGAGGUACAUUCCACCGGAGGAGGGGCCUUACACUGUGGACAUCAGCUAUGACGGGAACCCCAUCCCAGGAAGUCCAUUGGCGGUGGAGGGAAUCAUGCCCCCCGAUGCCUCCAAGGUGCGAGCCUACGGUCCAGGUCUUCAGGGAGGCGUAGUGGGAAAACUGGCCCCGUUUGCUAUCGACACAAAGGGAGCCGGCACCGGCGGGUUGGGCCUGACAGUGGAAGGGCCCUGCGAGGCCAAAAUCGAAUGCCAGGACAACGGUGAUGGUUCCUGCUCUGUGUCCUACCUGCCCACUGAGUCUGGCGAGUACACCAUCAACAUCCUAUUCGCGGACCAGCACAUCCCCGGGUCACCCUUCAAAGCGGCAGUCCAGUCCGAGUUUGACCCCAGCAGAGUGACGGCCAGCGGCCCCGGGCUAGAGCACGGGAAGGUCAACGAGGCUGCAUCCUUCCUGGUGGACUGCUCCAAAGCCGGAGAUGCGGACCUUACCAUCGAGAUCAUCUCUGUGUCUGGCUCAAAAGCCGAGGUCCAUGUGGACAACAACGGUGACGGAACCUAUUCCAUCACCUACAUCCCACAGGUCCACGGCACAUACACAAUCACUGUCAAAUAUGGAGGACACCCAGUGCCAAAGUUCCCCACCCACCUGCGGGUGGAACCGGCCCUGGACGUCAGCGGGGUUGAGGUGUACGGACCUGGGGUGGAACCCAGAGGAGUCUUGCGAGAAGUCAGCACACAUUUCAUCGUGGACGCCAGCAGUGUUUACAAGAGCACCAGCGGCCAUGUUAAAGUCUUCAUUUCCAACCCGUCAGGCGCCAACACGGAUGCCUUCAUCACAGACAAGGCUGAUGGCACGUGCCGGGUGGAGUACACGCCCUUCGAGGACGGACUGCAUCUCAUUGAAGUGUCGUGCGAUGAUGAUGCCCUACCCAAGAGUCCGUUCAGGGUGUCGGUGACUGAAGGUUGUGAUCCGAGUCGAGUGCAAGCCUAUGGGCCGGGCCUGGAGGAGGGUCUGGUCGGCAAACCCAACCAGUUUACAGUGGAGACCAGGGGUGCUGGCACAGGUGGUCUUGGCCUUGCCAUCGAGGGCCCCUCGGAGGCGAAGAUGUCGUGUAAGGACAACAAAGAUGGCAGCUGCAGCGUGGAGUACAUUCCUUUCAGUCCUGGAGAGUAUGACGUCAACGUCACUUUUGGAGGACUUCCAAUUCCAGGAAGUCCGUUUCGCGUCCCAGUGCAAGAGCUGAUUGAUCCCACAAAGGUGAGGUGUUCUGGACCAGGUCUUGGAAGUGGAGUUCGCACUCACGUCUGUCAGACCUUCACAGUGGACAGCAGCAAAGCUGGUGUUGCCCCUUUGGAGGUCCAGAUCUUUGGCCCCACAGGUGUCGCUGAGCCCGUCGGUGUUAAAGACAACGGUGGCGGGACUCACACGGUCAACUACACUCCUGCCAAUGACGGCCCGUACACCGUGAGCGUCAAGUACGCUAAGCAGGAGGUCCCUCAAAGUCCAUUCAAGAUCAAGACCCUGCCUGCUCAUGAUGCCAGCAAGGUCCGUGCCAACGGUCCUGGUCUGAAUUCAUCCGGCAUUCCCGCCAGUCUGCCGGUGGAAUUCACCAUCGACGCCCGAGAUGCUGGCGAAGGACUGCUCACGGUUCAGAUUCUGGGUCCAGACGGGUGCGGGCGCCAGGCCUCAGUGUUUGUGCAGGACUGGGCCACCCGGGUUUGGGAGUCUCAUAUAGUCAAGAAAACCAUCCCGUUCUCCAUUCUUAAGAGAGGCCGCGACCUUGAGGGGAAGCCCAAGAAGGCAAACAUCCGGGACAAUCGGGAUGGGACCUACACCGUGUCCUACGUCCCGGACAUGACGGGACACUACACCAUCACCAUCAAGUACGGCGGGGACGAGAUCCCAUACUCGCCCUACCGCAUCCACGCCAUUCCCACCGGGGACGCCAGCAAGUGUCAUGUGACAGUGUCCAUUGGAGGACACGGCUCAGGAUCCGGCGUGGGCCCGACCAUCCAGAUCGGAGAGGAGACCAUAAUUACAGUUGAUGCCAAGGCUGCUGGGAAAGGCAAGGUCACCUGCAAGGUUUCCACCCCUGAUGGCGCCGAGCUUGACGUGGAUGUGGUGGAAAAUGCGAAUGGAACGUUUGACAUUUAUUACACGGCGCCGGAGCCCGGGAAGUAUGUGAUCACCAUCCGCUUUGGAGGGGAGCACAUCCCCAACAGUCCCUUUCAUGUGCUGGCGACAGACGACCCCAUGGUCCCCGUUAACGGGAUGGAGGCCAUGCUCCGCCCCUUCAGUCUGGUCAUUCCCUUCACCGUGCAGACAGGAGAAAUCACAGGUGAAGUGCGAAUGCCGUCCGGCCGCGCGGCCCGCCCACACAUCGCAGACAACAAGGACGGCACCGUCACCGUCAGGUACUCGCCGACCGAGCGCGGCCUGCACGAGAUGGAUAUCAAGUAUGACGGCGAGCACAUCCCAGGAAGUCCGCUCCAGUUUUUUGUAGACGCCGUUAACAGCGGUCACGUGACCGCAUACGGCCCCGGGUUGAGCCACGGCAUCGCCAACGCACCAGCAACCUUCAUGAUUGCUACCAAGGACGCUGGAGAAGGCGGUUUGUCUCUGGCGGUGGAAGGACCGUCCAAAGCCGAGAUCAGCUGCAAGGACAACAAAGAUGGCACCUGCAUCGUGUCCUACUUGCCCACGGCGCCUGGCGACUACAACAUCAUUGUCAAGUUUGACGACAAGCACAUCCCUGGCAGUCCGUUCAUCGGCAAGAUCACCGGCCACGCCCCUCUCACCUCAUCCCAGCUCAGUGUUGGCACGGAAACUGACGUCUCCUUGAGGAUCACCGAGACGGACCUGAGCAGUCUGACGGCGACCAUCCGAGCUCCAUCCGGAAGCGAGGAGGCGUGUGUCCUCAAGAGACUUCCCAACCGACACAUCGGAAUCUCGUUCACGCCAAAGGAAGUGGGCGAGCACGUGGUGCGUGUGAAGAAGGGGGGGAAACAUGUGACCAACAGCCCGUUUAAGAUCAUGGUGGCCCAGUCGGAGAUCGGUGAUGCCAGCAAGGUGAAAGUGUUUGGACCGGGCCUGGUGGAGGGACGCACUUUCGAGGUGGCCCACUUCUUCGUCGACACCAGGACCGCCGGUUACGGGGGUCUGGGGCUGUCCAUUGAGGGUCCCAGCAAAGUGGACAUUAACUGUGAGGAUGUGGAGGAUGGCACGUGUCGCGUCACCUACUGUCCCACUGAGCCCGGAAACUACAUCAUCAACAUCAAGUUUGCAGACCAGCAUGUCGCAGGAAGUCCUUUCACCGUAAAAGUGUUUGGCGAGGGCAGAAUGAAGGAGAGCAUCACCAGGAAGCGCCAGGCGCCCGCCAUUGCCACCGUGGGCAGCACCUGUGACCUCAACCUCAAAAUCCCAGGAAACUGGUUUCAGAUGGUCUCAGCGCAGGAGCGUGUCACGCGCAGCUUCACGCGCAGCAGCCACACGUACACGCGCACCGAGCGCACGGAGAUCAGCAAGACGCGUGCAGGCGAGACCAAGCGGGAAGUGCGUGUCGAGGAGAGCACGGAGGUCGGAGAGCCGUUUCGAGACGUCUUUGGAGACUUUCUAGAACGGGACAGUCUGAGCGGCUUUGGUGGGAGGCCGCCGCCGCAGCAGGGUGAGGCCGCCAACCAGGAGAUGACAGCGCAGGUGACGAGUCCCGGCGGUAAGUGCGAGGACGCCGAGAUCAUCCGAGGCGAGGACAGCACGUACAGCGUGCGCUUCGUACCCCAGGAGAUGGGAGCGCACGUAGUCAAUGUCAAAUAUCGAGGACAGCACGUCCCCGGGAGCCCCUUCCAGUUCACUGUAGGACCCCUGGGAGAGGGAGGGGCCCACAAGGUGCGAGCGGGUGGCACAGGUCUGGAACGAGCCGUGACCGGCAUUCCAGCUGAGUUCAGCAUCUGGACGAGAGAGGCAGGGGCGGGUGGGCUGUCCAUUGCCGUGGAGGGGCCCAGCAAGGCCGAGAUCACCUUUGAGGACCGCAAGGAUGGUUCCUGUGGGGUCUCCUAUGUGGUCCAGGAGCCUGGCGAUUAUGAGGUCUCCAUUAAAUUCAACGACGAGCACAUCCCGGACUCACCCUUCAUUGUCCCAGUGGCAACCUUGUCUGACGACGCCCGCCGCCUCACGAUCACCAGCCUUCAGGACUCGGGGUUGAAGGUGAACCAGGAAGCGUGCUUUGCCGUACAGCUGAACGGAGCUCGAGGCCUGAUUGACGCCAAGAUCCACGCACCUUCUGGCGCCACGGAAGAUUGUUUCAUCACCCAAGUGGACGGUGAUCAGCACGCCAUCAGGUUCAUCCCCAAAGAAAACGGCAUCCAUUCCAUCAAUGUCCGCUUCAAUGGGAGCCACGUGCCCGGAAGCCCCUUCAAGAUCCGAGUGGGAGAACUCGGUCAAGUGGGAGACCCCAGCAAGGUGUUGGCCUCUGGACUGGGCCUGGAGGGCGGGACCACAGGCGUGACCGCAGAGUUCACUGUGAACACUUGCAAUGCUGGUUGUGACGCUCUGUCGGUGACCAUCGACGGCCCGUCCAAAGUCCAGAUGAACUGUCAGGAGUGCUGUGACGGCUAUCGGAUCUCUUACACCCCGAUGGCCCCCGGAAACUACCUGGUCUCCAUCAAGUAUGGAGGAGCCCAGCACAUUGUUGGGAGCCCCUUCAAGGCCAAAGUCUCAGGUCCUCGCCUGUCCGGGAGUCCAAGUCUUCAUGAGACGUCAUCUGUUCUUGUGGAAACUGUAACCAAGUUGCCCGCUGCGGGUGCUGCCUUUGCCUCAUUGCCCAAAUUCUCCUCGGAUGCCAGUAAGGUGGUCUCCAGAGGUGCCGGCCUGUCCAAGGCCUUUGUGGGCCAGAAGAACUCGUUCACGGUGGACUGCAGCAAAGCAGGAACCAACAUGUUGAUGGUGGGCGUGCACGGGCCCAAGGCGCCCUGCGAGGAGGUCUACGUCAAGCACGCGGGCCACAGGUUGUACAACGUGACGUACACUAUCAAAGAGGUGGGAAACUACAUCCUCAUCGUAAAAUGGGGCGACGACCACGUCCCCGGGAGUCCCUUUCACGUCACCGUGCCUUGAAGGUGGAGUCUUGCUCUAGACUCCGCCCCCUCCUCAUCCCCACUCAAUUUCCAUUUCCUGUUUUGACUGCCAAAACUUUCUGCUAUCGUGGUUUUGAGGCGCUUAGGAGUACUGCCAGAACUCUCCAAAGAGGUGAUGGAACUGUGAGUGUGUUCAUUCUCACGGAGAAAGACUUGAUGAGUCGCUCGUUCGACACGUUGACUCGGUGCAGGCGUGAUGCAUUGGAAGACAAAAACAAACAUUGUCAUGACAUUAAAGCUCUGAUGGCGUCUUUGGUGUCGUUUCGAUUGCAGGAAGUGUAGUUUGUCCUGCACGGAGCGCCAGCGACACACACAUUGAAACAUCCCCGCACCAGAACAUUUUCCACUUCUUGUUACCAAAGUUAGGCCAACACUGGCUGCGCUAUUAUUGUUUGUGGCCACCAGAUGGCAGCACAGGCAAGCCUUAAAACAAAAUAAAUCACAAGUUUUUUUAAAUCAUCGCAUUCGUCAUCUGCAGUCAUAUAAUAAUAUGAAAUGUCAUCAAAUAUGUGGGCAGCGUGGGGGAGCAGUGGUUAGCAUGUGAAGGUUGCAGAUUGGAUUGUGGAGUUUGCGUGUUGUUGUUAUUGUUGUGUGGGUUUAUUCUGGUAGUCCGACUUCCUCCCACAUCCCAAACACAAGUUACAACCGUGCAAAUGAUUCGUAGCUGUGAAUGUUUGUAUGUAGGUGUCCUGUGAUUGUACCCCACCUCUCACCCAAAGUCAGCUGGGGUAGACUCCAGCUCACCCGUGACCCAUUGUGUUGUAUAGAAGCCAUCCAUCCAUCUUCUUGCGCUUAUCUGAGGUUGGGUUGCGGAGGCAGCAGCAAAUCAAAGUCAAAGUUUAUUUGUGCAGCACCUUACAACAUCCCAGUGGUGCCCAAGAAGCUCAAGAACAAGAACAGGUUACAACAAAUGAGAACAGGGUAAGAUGAAAUCGGAUAUAAUAACAACAACUCAAACAAAAGUAAUGUACACGCACAGACUCACAUCGAAAAUACAGUACCUACAAUCAUCUUGUGUCUGAAUAAAUGAGUUUUUAAAUGAGAUUUCCAAACUGAAAGCACUGUGAGAUCUUAGCGCAGGUGGAAGGGAGUUCCAAAGUGUGGGGGCAAACGCAGCAAAAGAGCGAUCUCCCCAUUUUUUGUAUUUCAUCCUUGGGACUUCUAAUGUGUGUUGAGAAGAGCGCAGGCCUCUGGAGUGGUGACGGACACUUAAAAGCUCAGCCAAGUAUGCUGGAGCAAGUCCAUGAAUGGCCUUGAACACAAAUAAAAAGACUUUAAAAUGUAUUCUAGACUGUACCGGGAGCCAUUGGAGAGAAAGGAGAACUGGAGGGAUACGGGAGUAUGUUGGAGUAUUAGUAAGAAGGCGAGCAGCUGCGUUUUGUACCAACUGGAGCCUGCGGAGGAGGGACUGAUUCACUCCAGUGUAGAGGGCAUUACAAUAAUCAAGCCUCGAGCUGAUGAAAGCAUGAAUUGCUUUUUCAAGAUCUGUACGAGACAAAAAGGGCUUCACCUUUGCCAGGAGCCUGAGGUGGAAGAAACUCGCUCUGACCACAGAACUCACUUGCUUAUCGAGCUUUAGACUGUUGUCAAAAAACACACCAAGGUUUUUAACAGCAGGGGCGAAAGGAGGGGUGGGGGUGUUAAAAUUGGUUUCACUGUGCGGUGAAUCGGGGGUAAAAACAAUGCACUCCGUUUUUCCUUCAUUUAAAUGAAGGAAAUUCUGAGACAGCCAUUGUUUGAUGUCAUGACGGCAGCUGUGGGGGGGGGGUCUAGUGCCUUCUUGCAUUACGGGUAGGUAGCUAGAACAUGAAAUAAAAAUGAAAUGGAUAUGGUCAGGGCCAGAGGUCAGGGCUGCCGUCAAGCUGAAGAAGGAGUCCUAUCGAGCAUGGAUGGCUUGUGGGACUCCUGAAGCAGCUGACGGGUACCGGCAGGCCAAGCGGCACGCGGCUUCGGCGGUGAUCGAGGCAAAAACUCGGGUGUGGGAGGAGUUCGGUGAGGCCAUGGAACACGACUUUCGGUCGGCCUCGAAGAGGUUCUGGCAAACCGUCCGGCGCCUCAGAAAGGGGAAGCAGUGCCCGGUCCACACUGUUUACAGUGGGGACGGGAGCCUGCUGACCUCGACUGAGGAUAUAGUUGGGCGGUGGAAGGAAUACUUUGAGGCCCUUCUCAAUCCCACUGACAUACCUUCCCUAGAGGAAGCAGAGACUGAGGAUACGAACGCGGACAGUUCCAUCACCGUGGCUGAGGUAUC